AAACAAACUCAGCUGUUUGUUUUGAAGCGCCUGAUGGAAAAAUCGGGAAAAGUGUGAAAAUGAAUUUUCUCUCACGAAUUAUCAGUGGCCGGCGAGUUUAUCAGGUGGCAUUCUCUCGGGCAACCAUCGUCCGUUCCUGUUUGCCAAGUGUUUCGCUCUCCGACGUCGCGCGCCUCUCCACGAAAGUGCCCAAACUCGACGCAGCAGGCGGGAUCGAAAGUGGCCGGAAAGGAGCUGGUGCAGAGUCUUCCGGAAGUGGUGCCAGAAAGGCCAAAACAUCGCCAAAGGUAACGCUUAUUGGGCAGGAUGAGUCGAUAACGAUCGUGAAUCUGGAAGAAGCGACCAAAAUAUCGAACCGGAGGAAUCUGAAGCUCGUGAAAGUGAGCGAUCUCGACUCGAAGACGCAGCGUCCGGUUUAUCGCUUGAUGACCGGUUCGGAAUAUCUAACGGAGGAUCUGAAGCGACGCGAGGAGAAGAAGAAAAGCAAACAGGACGCCACGGUCAAGGGGGACAAGCUGCUCACCAUCAGUGCCCGGAUAGCGGAGCAUGAUCUUGCCUCCAAGAUACAGAACGUCCAAAAGUGGCUCACCAAAUCGUACGAGGUGCGUGUCGUGGUCACCGGAGAUGGUGCUGGCAGUAAGGCGAAGCAGGAGGACAUUGUCCAACGGUUCGAGACGAACGUCAAGGAGUGCGGCAAAAUCGUACAGAAGCGCUUAAGGGACAAUGAUUUACGAUUCAACAUACUGCCCGUUGCUGCUGGAACUGCUCCGUCCACCGCAACCGCUGCCACAGGGUCUGGCAAGCAGAAGGCUUUGCUCGAGACGAAAGGAACGAAUAAUCCGUUGGCUAAUGGUGGUGGCGAUGUGCAAGCUGUACGUGGCAUACACUACCAGGCUAGGGGUUUGCUAGCGUGACAAUCACAGCACAAGGACAGAAGCAGCGAACAACUGUCGAACUGUAGCAAAGAGCCGGUAAACGGAAUGCAGCGCUUCAAAGUCACGGGAUGUGUCGCGCUGGUCCUAUGCGUGAAGUAUGCCUUUUGGGCUUAUCUACUCAGGGGUGAUAGAUGACCACGUAGCGCAGCGGCAUGCAGCAGCACCCGCAUGCAUUCGAGUGUAAAGUUUUGAAUAAUAAUAAACUAGCAUCAAUUUAGAU